UGUAGCCUACCCACAUGUUAUCGAUGGCACUAUCCACUCGCCAUAGAAGAACAGAGGAAUGAAAAUGGAUAGCUGUCUCUUCACACUCGUCUUUGGUCUUUCAGUGCUCGGUGGGUGCUUGGCCCGGGUGGUGACGGUGUCUCCUGGUCCAUUAAUCCGGGUGGCGGGUCAAACAGUGUCCAUCAGAUGUGAUGUUACUGAAUAUGGCGGACCUAAUGAGCAGGAUUUCGAGUGGACGAUGACCAAGGAGGCGAACGGGAAGAAGAUGAACAUAAUUUCCUCCUUUGAUGCCAGGUUCUCGGACCCAUCGCUCAGCAAGCGCGUUGCGUCUGGCGACAUCUCGGUGGCGCGUCUCAAGGACAACGAGGUGGAGCUGAAGAUAGCCGAGGUGAAGUCAACGGACGCUGGUUUCUACUGGUGUCAAACGCCGAGCACCGACGCCGUCAUCAGUGGCAACUACGAGGCUAAGGUCCAACUCACUGUCAUCCUCAACACCCUCAAGGUCUCCCCCCUGACCCCGCCCCCUGUCGUCCCAGAAGGAAGUGACCUCACGCUCUCCUGCAACGUCACCCGGGAGCUCAGCCACCCCACCUACCUCUCCGUCACCUGGUCGGUGAAGAGGGGAGCGACAUCGGAGGAAAUUUUGACAUUUGGCCCUCAGGGCGACGUGGUCACAGGGGCCAAGUACACCCGGCGCUACGCCGACGGAGGCAUCCGAUUGGUUCCCGGGAAGAACGGAUUUUUCCAACUGGUGAUUUCCAAAGUGACGACGUCUGACGAAGGGACUUAUGAAUGCAACGGAACUGAAUGGACGUACGAAAGUGGAGGGAAGUGGAUAAAAAUCGUGGAGAGCACUAAAGAGAUGGGAACUGUGGCUGUAACUCCUACAGGCCAGUCCCUCAGCGUGAAGGCUUGGUCCUCCUCUCCCUCCUCCACGCCUCUGCUGCUCUCCCCCGGCGAGAAGCUGACCCUCGUCUGCUCCGUCUCCGCCGACAACCUGCCCGCCCUCGCCCUGGAAGUGACCUGGCUAGCCGACGGCCGCGAACUCGUCACCAUGGAGCUGAGCGGGGUGGUGAUCUCCAACACGUCCUCGGGCGGCGCGCAGGGAAAGCGCGGGGAGGCCACCCUGGAGCGCACGGGAGUCGGAGAAUACAGGCUGGGGGUGAGGGGGGUGAGCGGGGACGACGGAGGGGUGUACACCUGCCGCAUCCGAGCCUUCAUCGAGAAAGGAGGGAGGAGCUCGGGAGGAGGAGGGAGGUGGCACAUGGCCGCCGAGAAAACCUCCAGCCCUGUAACCGUAAAGGUGGCGCAGAUCAAUUCUCAGGAUGGUUGCGACUACAAUGCUAUAAAAGGAAAGGACUUCACUGUGCCUCUGUCCUCAAAACUGGAACAGUAUCACCAACUAAAAUGGAGGCACAACAAUACAGUAAUCGUAGAUCGAAGAAAAGCCAACGUUUUUGUCGUGGGGAAUAACAAGGACGUUUCUAAAGAUGGUUCCCUGCUGCUCAAGAAUCUGAAGGAUAGCGACAACGGGAUAUACACCGCAGAAUUGUUUACGUCAGAAGGAACUAAAACAGGGGAACUGAAAAGCAUAAAGUUAUGUAUAUUUGACCAUGUCCUAAAGCCCAAAGUGACGAAGGUUUGUUCCUUACCCUUUGUCACAUUUACCUGCCAAGUUACAGCCAAGGAUCUCAAAUUUGCAUGGCUUCAGAACAAAAAUGUAUUAGAAAAGGAGAAAACCCAGACUCUGAAACGAAAGGCUGAAGAGGUGGAAAAUGAUUUCUUCCAAUGCAAAGUUUCCAACCCCGUCAGCUCUGAGACCAGUGACUCUGUUACACAGGAGCCGUGCUAUAAGCACAAGUCCAUUUUACCAGAAAAACUAUUCGGAAUUAGUACCUGGGUUUGCAUGGGCGUCAAAGGAGGUGUAGUUCUGGUGCUGAUUAUCGUCGUUAUUGUUUGCUGCGUCUGCACAAAACAGAAAAAACCCAUGCAACUGAAGGACGAGGGGGAGCUUCGUUUGUUGUGGACCAACGAGCAACAACAUCAUCAACAUCAACAUAAUCAUCCUACCGAUCCACAUCAUCACCGGUCCUCGCCAACAUCGCUCCAAACAGCACCGCGAGCAGCAGCAGCAGCAGCAGCAGCAUCCCCGAGCUCUGGACCCGCCCGGAGCUUACCCUGAGCCCAGCCCCCGACGACUUCCACAGACCCCACGACCAGUUGAUAAAACUGAUGAUGACGAGCAGCCUCCUCCUCUUCCUCAGCCCAGGAAAAAA